AUGGCCCGACGGAUGCGGAAAACAUGCUGCCAGCCCUGGCCCGGGGACGGCGGCAUGGCAUGGUGCUGGUGCACGGAUAGCCCGCUCCGUUCGCCUUGUGGGCCCAAUAAUGAGGUCCUGCGCAGAAUAUCGGCUCUUCGUUGGCAAAAUAUACACGAUGUGGGCCGCGAAACUAUUGUUGCUUCGUAUCCUGCUCAAACUGCUGCAGGCAAGCCGCUGGAAUUACGUUAUUAUGAUUGUAACCAGUGA